AUGGCGUCAUCUUUCUUUCGCCUUUUCACAACCAUCACAUUGGGCAUUCUUCUAUCGUUUUGUCUUCCGUCGAUCUCCGCCGCCGAUGACAUUUCUCAAGCAUCAAAUUCUAAGAACCCCAAUUGCAGCAACCCUUUCCGAUUGGUUAAGGUUAAUUUGCUGGUUCAUGGUGUUCAAAAUGAAACAUUGACUGGGAUGACUGCCGCGUUUGGUGGUACAUUGCCCAAUAAUGAUGAAGAAGGCCUCAGAUUGCCUGUUGUUUUCUCAGACCCUAUAUAUGGCUGUUCCAGCUCCUCUUCAAAGCUAUCUGGUGCUAUUGCAUUGGCCAUACGUGGUGAUUGUAAUUUCAUGAUAAAGGCUGAAGUUGCACAAUCAGAAGGUGCAUCAGGCCUAUUGGUGAUAAAUGACGAUGAAGAUCUUAUUGAGAUGGGAUGUUCUGAUGAUGAUACUAAUUCAAACAUUACGAUUCCUGUUGUCAUGAUUUCAAAGUCAGGAGGAGAGGCUAUUAACAAAUCUAUGGUAGAUGGAGGGAAAGUGGUUUGCGGUGCGGUGGUUGUUGUUAGUGGUGGGUGGUGCUUUGGUGUUGUGAAUGAGGAUGGGAUAAGGGGUGAAGAAGGGGGUGCGGGUGGUGGGUGGUGGUGGUGGGGGUAUAGAGACGUUAUGUGGGAGGAACCCAGAGAAGGAAGUGGUGAAAAUGAAUAUUGUCGGGGCAGUCCCAGAAGAGAGAUAGAGACCACGAUAUAUACUGCUUGCCAACAGCGAGCAAGAGGAGUUUGUGUACUAGGAAAUCUCUCUUAUUCCGGAGCAGUUCAAGUCAUCAUGCCUUGGAUCGUGGAUUCGGACCUACGGCUUGUGGACUUGGGGCCAAGACAUCAUGUCCACAAGACAGUUGCAGAGUUGUACUUAGGGACCGCUUUAGCAAGUGUCUGGACUCAGACUCAGUAG